GUAAUCAUAUUUAAAUGAAGCCUGCGCCACCCGCAUUCUUCACGAUUCCUGACUUUUAUUUUUAUCUUUUAUUUGUUUGUAUAUAAUAUAAAAAGAUAAAAUAAAAAUAGUUUUUACAUACACAAAUCAACGCUCUUUGAUUUUUUUUUCUUAUUUUUUUUUUUUGAAAUUUCUUACAUCUUCGUUCUCCAUCAAGAAAAAGCCGCAUCCAAAAUUUUUAAACGAAUAAAAGUAAGAAACCAGGGAAUUUCGUCGUUAUUUCGGUCUCUCGAAAUUCUGUCAUUUUGGUUGAUUUCGUGUGCAUGUGCGGUGGGAGAUACCUCGAUCUAAGCAAUUUCACUUUCAAUUUUUGUAAUAGUAGAAAUAGUAGAGGGUUUUUAGUUAGGGUUUGGGCCUUUCUCCAAUUGAAUUUUGAAUUUCAUUAUUAUUGAUGAUGUUAAUGGCGGACGGUGGUGGUUCGGGGGACUGGCCAGGUGGAGAAAUUCUGGACGUUGAUGAGCUUGAUGGAGGAGGAGAAGGAGGAGACGACUUGUCCAUGGAUUUUGAUUUGUUCUUUAACAUUCUUUCGGAGCCUGUCGAUCCCUCUCAGAGUAGUCAUGAGGAUUUUUCAUGUAAGAAUGCGAAAGUCGAGUCAGCUACUGAUGUUGGCAACCAAAAGAACUGUCAGCUUCCGAGUGGGGGUCUGAUGUUAGAUGGAGCACAUGCUUUGGAAUCUGAGUCUAUAGAUACUGCUACGUUUUACCCAUCACACAAGCCAGAUGCUAGAAUUGGGGGUUCAGUUACUUCAUUUGAUAAUGCAGGGAGCCAUACCAUGGCCUUUAAUGACGUAAACCUAGAGCCUUCAUCACAAAUUAGCUGUCAUAUGCAUGCCUGUUCUGGAAGUUUUAAAGAGUGGAUUUCUCCAGUCAGCAGUCAAGGAGACAAGAGGGAUGGUUUAUUGCAAUCUGGCAUUCCUAGUUGUAGUACAUCAUCUAGCUUUGCUGAUGGAGAAUCUAAUCAUGUUUCAGAUAUUACCGGAAAUUUAGAUUUCAAUAUUCUUUUUGGCGAAACUGGAACUCAGUUCAGAUAUGCAGGAGGGAACACUGAUUCCAAGGAUGCUUCACGUGACUUUUAUACAGACAGUUUGGAUGGCAAGUUUGCACAUGGUUAUGCUUUAACUGAAAACAGCUCAAGGAGUUCAGGAUCUGAAAAUGAUUUUUUUAGGCAUGCAGAUACACCCUUCGAGGACACAGAUGUUUCUUUGCAUAAUCUAGCUACUACUAAGUCUACCUUUUGUCAUAAUUCAGAUGUCCAUGCUCAUCAUUCAGCUGUGCAAUUCGGCAUCAAUUCUGAUAACACAUAUUUUAUUGAUUCACCGCCAUGUUUCGAUGGAGAUUUCAGUUUUGAAUUACUGUCUAGCAAUGAAAUAGGGGAAUUUCAAACCGAGAGUGCAUGUUCUGCAUCUGAGCCAAUGAUUGAUUACAGUGAUGACAAGGGACUGAAUUUUAAAAAUGAAGGCUUUAAUUGUAUGUCACCUAUCAGUGCAAAUUUUUCAUCUAAUACUGAUGAUAGAAUUAUUGAUGACAAGUCGUUAGCAAUGCCAUUGAGUUGUAUCCAGUCAGCCAUCAGCAAGAAGCCACUGGUUCCAACAGAAGAUAAAAAAGCUGCGGAAGUGAUUGCAUGUAGUAGGAUGAUGUGCCAUUCUGAUGAAAUGAUUAAUGAAGUUGUUAAUAGGAAAAUUUCUUGCAUUGAUGAAAGUAGUCGUUUUGUUGAGGAAGAGUUGAAGCAAUCAUCUUCUAUCCCGAGUCACAAGAAUUUUGUUUACAUGAAGGAUGAGAAAGGAGACAUGAAUUCGACAUCUAUGAGAUCUCAAGUUAGUGAAAUUGCUAAAAAAUUUCCCUUUGACAGGACACAUUUGAACUCAAAUGCUUCAGGGUAUUAUUUGUCAUGUGCAGAGAAAUCGAAUGUAAAUAAGCAAUCGAGUUGCAUUAAGCAGGAAAUAGAUAGUAAACUGAUUCGUCCAAAAUGCUUGCGCCAUCUUUCAAGUGUCAGUCAUGAAUCAAUUCAGAGUAAUUUGCAUGGUAACAAAUCCCAUAUUGAUGAUGACUCUGACAUCUGUAUUCUUGAAGAUAUUAGUCAACCUGCUCGUUCACAUCAAUCUCUUGCAUUUGGAAAGGCCCACAUUCCUUUGCAACAUUCUGCAUAUGGUGAUUUCAGUCAUUACACUGGAGUUGCAACUGCAAGGCCUAAGGCUAAUGAUGAGCGGUUCAUAUUUCAGGCUGCAUUGCAGGAUCUUUCUCAGCCAAAGUCUGAAGCUACUCUGCCGGAAGGUGUUUUGGCUGUACCUCUUAUGAGACACCAGCGAAUUGCUUUGUCUUGGAUGGUUCAGAAGGAGACUUCUAGCUUGUACUGUUCUGGAGGAAUUCUUGCAGAUGAUCAGGGAUUAGGAAAGACUGUAUCUACAAUUGCUCUUAUACUUAAGGAACGACCUCCAUCUGUUAAAGCAGAUCUAAAGAUUGUUAAGAAGGAAGAGCUUGAAACUUUGAAUUUGGAUGAAGAUGAUGAUGAGGUUUCUGAGGUUGGUCAAAGAAAAGAAGAUGCUGAGAGUUGUCAAGUCAAGUCAAAUCUGGGUCCAGGAAAUGGCAUUAAUACUUUUGGACAAUCUAAAGGAAGGCCUGCAGCAGGAACUCUUAUUGUUUGUCCUACAAGUGUUCUACGUCAAUGGGCCGAGGAGUUGCAUAAAAAGGUGACCAGUGAAGCUAAUCUCUCUGUUCUGGUAUACCAUGGGAGCAAUCGAACGAAAGAUCCGUUUUUGUUAGCGAAGUAUGAUGUUGUUCUGACAACAUAUUCAAUUGUUAGUAUGGAGGUCCCAAAGCAACCUCUUGUCGGCGAAGAUGAUGAUGAGAAAGUAAAAGUGGAAGGUGAUGAUGUUGCAUCACUGGGGCUUUCAUCGAGUAAGAAAAGGAAAUACCCUCCUACUUCUGGCAAAAAAGGUUCCAGGAAUAAGAAGGGAAUGGAGGCUGCAUUACUUGAGUCUGCUGCUCGACCUCUUGCAAAAGUGGCAUGGUUUAGGGUUGUCCUUGAUGAGGCCCAGAGCAUCAAAAAUCACAGAACACAAGUGGCUAGGGCCUGUUGGGGUCUUCGUGCAAAACGCAGAUGGUGCUUGUCUGGAACUCCUAUCCAGAAUGCAAUAGAUGAUCUUUAUAGCUAUUUCAGAUUCCUUAGAUAUGAUCCUUAUGCUGUCUACAAUUCAUUCUGCUCUACAAUAAAGAUCCCAAUUCAAAAGAGUCCAACAAAAGGGUACAAAAAGUUGCAAGCCGUUUUAAAAACGAUAAUGCUUCGUCGCACCAAAGGGACACACAUUGAUGGGAAACCGAUCAUAAACCUACCACCAAAAGUAGUAGAAUUAAAAAAAGUGGAUUUUACUGAUGAAGAGCGUGAUUUCUACACACAACUAGAGAAUGAUUCACGGGCACAAUUCAGAGAAUAUGCAGCUGCUGGAACAGUCAAGCAAAAUUAUGUGAACAUCUUGUUGAUGCUGUUGCGUCUUCGUCAAGCUUGUGAUCACCCUCUUCUAGUUAGGGGUAUAGACUCAAAUUUGUUCGGUAGAUCCUCAAUGGAGAUGGCAAAGAAGCUUCCUAGGGAAAAACAGAUAUGCCUUUUGAAUUGCCUAGAAGCAUCUUUGGCUAUCUGUGGCAUCUGCAAUGAUCCACCAGAAGACGCUGUUGUUUCAAUUUGUGGUCAUGUUUUCUGCAAUCAGUGCAUAUGUGAACAUAUGACUGGUGAUGACAACCAAUGCCCCACUUCAAAAUGCAAAGUUCGAUUAAAUACAUCAUCAGUGUUUUCAAAAGCCACAUUAAACAGUUCUCUUUCUGGUCAGCUAGCUCAAGAUGGUUCUGGCUCUGAACUUGGGGGGGCAGCCAACCCUUAUUCUCAGGGUCUUCCAUAUGAUUCUUCAAAAAUUAGGGCAGCACUUGAUGUCCUGAAAUCACUGAAUAAACCAAAGGACUGUAGAUCUACAAAUGAUUCCUUAGAGAAAUCUCUUGAUGGAAGUGUCACCUGUUCUGAAAAUUUGUGCACUACUGGGAAUUCAGUCAAUGAUAAUACUGAUAAGAAAAAUAUACUUGUAGAUGACAAUGUUAAUGGUUCAGUUAAGGUAGGAAGUGAGAAAGCUAUAGUGUUUUCCCAGUGGACAAGGAUGUUGGAUUUGCUUGAAGCUUGUCUUAAGAGUUCUUCUGUUCAGUACAGAAGACUUGAUGGAACGAUGUCAGUUGUUGCUAGAGAUAAAGCUGUGAAGGAUUUCAAUACAAUCCCUGAGGUUUCAGUUAUGAUUAUGUCUUUGAAAGCUGCUAGUCUUGGACUGAAUAUGGUUGCAGCUUGUCGUGUUCUACUUUUGGACCUCUGGUGGAACCCUACUACUGAAGAUCAGGCAAUUGAUAGAGCACAUCGCAUAGGACAGACUCGUCCGGUGACUGUUUUCCGUUUAACUGUAAAAGAUACUGUUGAAGAUCGUAUUUUGGCCCUGCAGCAAAAGAAGAGGGAGAUGGUUGCAUCUGCGUUUGGUGAGGAUGAAACUGGUGGUCGUCAGACUCGCUUAACAGUGGAGGACUUGAAAUACCUUUUUAUGGUGUGAGGAUACAAUAUCUGGCAGACAUUUCUUUGCUAAGUCAGAAAAGAUGUGUAGGUUCGUAGCAGCCUAGAUAUGUAGAUAGGUUUUGGUAGCUGUCUGCUGCUGCAACUCUAUAAUUGAAUUGAACCAUAGUAUCAGCAUUGAUAAUUCGAGGAAGUAGGUCUUUUAUAACAAGAAGAUACAUACAUAGAUGCCGAUGAAGAUGAAGGUGAGCCAUUCUUUAUCCAUUUUUUGGUGGGUCUAACAAUUGUUCUUCCCUUCCAUUACACCCCCAUCACAGUGAUAGGAUCUUGAAUUCUAAUAGUCUUACUAAAAGUAAACAUACCGAGUUUGAUAGGUAUAAAACACAGAUCUGCUAUUUGUUUUUUAAUAUUCAAUUUUCCCCAAUUGUAAAUGAUAGGGGUUUUCCUUUUUUUUUUUUUUUUCCCUGGCUACUGGUAUUUCGUUUUGUUUAUUAUUGUUACAUUUUGUUUCUCCUUGUACAGAGGUGAUGAAAUAAUAGCUUUCUUGGGCAGUAUCAUGUA